GUCAAGUUGUGUACUCAGCAGGCCUUCCUUUCUUGGACCACCACAUUGAUACAGAUCAGCUACAUCUACCUCUUAACCCAAAAGCAGUGAGUUAAUGCAUGAAAUGUACAUGUGGUGUAACUAUCCUGUACAUUAGUCCUAGCAUUAAAGCUAUUUCUUACUGCAAUAGUUUGAAAAUUUGGGGAGGGGGGAGGGGUGUUAAAAUGUGUCUGGAGUUUCUCUUUUCACAGGCCUGACCCCCCUAAAGCAGAUCAUGGAAAGAAUUCCUGGUUCUUGCUACUCUGUACUGGUUGAGCCCAUCUUGCGUACUAUAGUGCUUUGGAUCAGGAUCGUGUGCAUCUCCUGUGCUUUAACAAGGUGUAGGAAGGUAUAAGUAAAAAAUCAAUGGACUUUUUUAAAGCUUUCUAUUUUGGUGCACAUUUUAAAAUGGGUGGUUGUACACGUUUACAUACCAUUUGGGAGGGGUGGGUUGUGGGGCGUUAAUCAGUCUCUUCCUAGACUUCACAGCUUCACGUUGCCCAAUGCCAAAUGGCUUGAAUAGGAAGCAUCCAGGUGAACCUGACAAGAUUCAAGUGGACACUUUCCAAACAAGAUAGCAACCCACUUAGUCUUCCAGCCUUCAGAGGCCCCUUUUGCCCAAGGGAUUGUGGUAACCAGUCUCUUUUUUAGAAGCCAAUGCAAUUUUGUACAACUUCCAUUGUUUUGUGGGAGGGGUUGUGUAUUUUUGACUUUUGCAGAUUUUAUAUAAAGGCCCUACCAACAAAUCUACAUUCAAGUCCGCACCUAGACUUCAGGAAGGAUUCUUCGUUCAGGCUUGCGGUAUUUCUCAAAUGGCUUCCAUAUUCUGUGAAAUGUAUUCUAUCCGUUAUAAGGGAAGUAUUUGUUCUGUAUAGCUUCAUUGUUUGGGGAAAGGUGGUUUUGUGGGGAGAAGGCUUCUUUCUUUGCAUUUUUCAGUGUGCUGUUCCCUGUAUCCAAGACCAGCAGGAACUCCUAACUCAUUGUAUGUACAAGUUUCCUUGCGCAUCGAGCAUCACGUAAGCUCACUAAAUGUGUUCACAUUUAUCGUAACAUUCAUUGUUCUGGCUAGAUGCCUUCAUUGCAAUUCCUUUGCAAUUAGUUGCUGUGCCUUGUAUUGACAAUACAAUGAGUGAACUAUCUGUAAAGGAUUUUAUUUUUGCAUAAUAAAUGCAUAGCUUUGUUGUGAUUGAAUACAGUUUUGGUAUGCAUUUGUUCUUUUGGGAGGGGCUUGUGUGGGGAGCUUUUCUUGUGCUUUUUCAGGUUUGACUAAGGCUUGGAGCUUUGUAGAGCACGGAUGUGACCUGGGCUCAGUGACCCUUUUUGAAAGCGGAAAUUGAAAGCAGAUAAGUUGCAUCCAUCAAAUGAAUAUUGGAAAGCAGAAAAUCUUUUCUUACCAAGUCACUUGUGUCAAGUGUACUUACUCUUGAAAGCCAUUUGCUGUACUUGAUAGUAGAAAAAUCUGAGCUUUCUUAAGUCUUAAAAGGACGAUUUGAUGGAGCUUCAUUAAACUUGACAUUAUCUGCAGUAAAGCAUUUGGGUAAGGAUAACAACAGUCAGUUCUACGAUACUGUGGGGAGGGGCUGGGGUCUCUAUCUUUUUUUAAUCUUACAGAAAAGGUCCCAAAGGAUGAAUGCAGUCUUCCUAGGACAACUCGAGAGUCUUCAGCCCUUUGAACUUGACUGACAAGCAGUUUGAACAGGAAGGGUCAGGUUGUUGAGUUUUUGAAUAGUUAGCCAUCAGCUUCUGGCCCUUGUGCAACUGUGCAUGUGGCAGUUUAAUUACAUUUCACUUAUAAAUGCGCAACUGUGCAUUGUUUCUAAAUUGAAGGAGCUGAGGAAAGCUGUGCAUUGUGCAGCUUUAAUUUGGUUUGCAAUGCAGCGCAAAUGUGCUGCUUAAGUCUAGUCCGCAUAUUGUUUGGGCAUAUCCCUACACUUCUCUUCACAGAAAUCGCAAUACACGACUGGUUCAAGCACAAGCGAAGUCCUCCAGCCUGGCGCAUGUAGUAAGAUGUUGGCUUUUCUUGUGAACAUCAAUGCAAUGUGUAGUUGACAAAAUGACAUCAUGGAACUGGCUCUGUGUUAACCUAAAAUCAUCAGUAACAAUGCUUUACUAGUAUAUUCCUCUUUGGCCUUGGGGCCCUAUUGCUUUGCAUCUUAAGACCACGAGUAGUGCACAACUCUAUUGUGUCAAAUGUGUGGUGGGUGUGUUGUGUAGAUCACUUUGUUUCAGAUCAUUCUCGCCUGUCCCCUCCGAUCUCGCCUGCCUCUGAAUGCAAAGUCAUCUGUGGAAGCUGUCCGCGAAUAUGAGUGUGACACCCUGAAUGACGUACCAAUCCCCCGUGUGCUUGAGCUGAAAUCUGAACCCCUGGCGUCCGUCGCGAAGCCCUGCUCUCUUUGUGCCUUUUUCUUUUUCUUCUGGUUUCUUAGGUCAAAAUUGCCAAUAUUUCUUUAUUUUGUCAUCUGGGAUGGCCUAACCUGUGAUGGAAAACUGAGAAUUCCGCAUUUUAAGAUCAACCACUGCAAGCUUGUUUCUAAUACUGCAUCACUUCAGUUUCGUGGGUGCCAAGUUAAGUGAUUUAUUUUUUUUGGUUCCCUUAUUUAUUUUUCCCUUAAUCCUAUCAUGGCUUUAAUGUGUAACAAAUGUUGCAUGCACCUCGGCUCUGCAUAACAUUAAUUUUGUGUAACAAUAUAAUUUUCAUUAAGUCGUUGUCAAGCAUUGCAUUAGUGUAUGGUAUGGGGCGGGGGGGUACAACCCUUGUCUUUCUCUCCCUUUCAGAUUUUUCAUGCAGCUAAACUUACUUCUGAGCCAUACAAGUUAGUCUUCGGUGAAGUCGUGGGAUGACUUUGGUACCGCGAGCAUCUAGGGAUCAAUCGGUCUUUAAAUGUGCACUUGAGCCUCACUGAGGAGCGAUAGAGGUGGUAAAUGCUGCAUCGGCUGUGGUAAAUGACCAUUUUGACAUAUUUCCCGUUGUAGAAUGGGGUUGUCAAGGGGGGAGGGGGGUGGUUUAAAUUGUCCUCUUCUUUCCAUUGCAGCUCUAGAAGUGCUCAGUUCACCCUCGAGUCCUGCUGAAAUGCAGACGGAAACUGCUUUAUGACCAGGGAUGCUGGUAUCACGGCUUUGUUAAUGAUAUUCGUGGACCAUAUAACACUGUUCUGGGAAAUGCUGGGAUUGGGGACUGCCGAUUGUUUUGUCUUCUAGUUUCAGACCCAUGAUCGAGAAAGUCAACGCAGUGACAUGUUUAGCAGCCAGGCCUUGGUGGUUUUCUUUUCCUGGAGGAACAAACUUUGUUCCCCCAGGUUUUGCUUUUGCCCAACAAUAGUAUUUAUAAAAAAAAGCAAAAGACUCCGGUGGUGGCACUUCUGACUUGUCAGAACGGGGUUCAAUUCCCUGCGGUGUCUUGCUUUUGGUGUGCCACUUGGGUAAAGCUGCUGGCUAUCACAACUAAGUCUUAAAAGUAGUAAUAUGGGACAUUAUCUGUUUUAAAAAAAAUAUAUCCAUGGGGUGUUUAGAGGUGUUGAGAAUUAAAAAAAUUCCUUUUAAAAGCUUUAUUAAAAAAACUCAUUUUGACUGGGUUUGUUUACGCCUACCAGCCACUAGAAGACACUGUUGCGCUAAAAAUUCUGCUCUGCAAGGAGAGUCUGGGACUGUGUAAAAUGAUCCUGAGCCUGCAAGAUGUUCGGAUAAAUAGUAGAAAUUGGUACACGACACCAGUGCCUGGUACACUAACAUCAAUAUCAUACUCUUCAUGUGUGCAAUACCAGAUUUGCAUACUGUCCCUUUAAGGAAUGCAGCAUUGUUCUAGAACCCGUUUAAAAAUAAAGUAGUUGAAGAUUUGAGUACUGGCUUCCUGUCUGUGUAUAUACAUGUACUUCUGUUACUAAGUGUUGGUGCUGCUGUAAUAAGUGAAUUUCCCCACUGGGAUCAAUAAAGUAUUUAUUCUAAUGAUCAAAGUUUUCCCACUCUACAAAUUACACGUUUAUCAAGAUUUCAGAAUGUUCAAAGUUCUCAAUGAGACGGCUGUAUUUUGGUUUUUAGCAAUGUUUAGCAAACGCCAGAUUAUUUGGUAGAAGUGUUGCAGUGUGAAAUAGUUGCAGCCUAAUGCAGCUGGUUGUGUGCUGCAAAAAAUGCAGAUUUCCUUUUACAUGACAAAUAAAAUGCACUUUUUACCAUCAGCUGCACAAAAUUAUGCCUAAUUUCUAUAUUCUCAAUACACAGGUUUUAAAAUGUAUACUUUUUUUUCAUUGUACAUUUUUUCCUUUUUAUCUAGGUCUCCUUUGAAAAGGUUUUUAAUCUCAAUGGGACUUUCUUCCUGGCUAAGAAUGAAUAAAACAAAGUCAAAGUUAUUGUGGAUCUACUUGGUUGUACUGAGGUAUUCUAGACCGUAGCCAAAGCAAAUCGAUUUGGCAAGCAAGCGGCGGGGGACCGUACAGUAACGGGAAUUUUGUAGUCUCAUCGGCGUCUAUGUGCUGUUGUCCUGUUUUAAAUUCACCCAUCACCUGUAGGCACCAGAACAUUUAGUGACAAUGAGUUUUUAACUUUUAUUUGGAUUAUUGCUUAAUUGGUUUGGUUAAACUUCAGCUAUAAGAACAUGACUAGCAGCUUGGUAGUUUUCUUUUUCUGCCAAUAUAACCAAAUUUUCUAUGCAGUCUAAAUGGCCUCAUACAUUUUUGAUCAUUUAAUCAAUGUAAAGUCAGAUGUUUGCCAGGCUAGAUAUUGGAGUGCUCCUAACCUUUGUUUAAUUAUAGGUUUUUACUUAAUUUAUAUAGCACCUUUUACAGAAGAAAACUUUCACAACAUGAUUGAUGAAUAAAGAUAACAUCAGAAUCUGAAGGGUUCUCUUGCCAUAUGGGUGAAAAUCACUACAUCCGGUAAUUGGUGCAAAAAAAGAAAGCUAAAAAUAAGAGAAACCGUGUCUGAUUGUUGAAAAUGUCCAGACUGACGUAAAAAUAAAGGAAGUUUAUUCUAAAGUCGACAGGAAAAAGCAUCACUUUAAUAUCUAGUCUAAGAACCUCUAGAAGAUUCUGGUUUGUGAACCUGAGGGCUCAGAUUGAAGUGCUUGGCUUUUACAGUUCAGUACAAGGAUCUUGACCAUGUAGAGCCCUGAAAGGUAUUGACAGUACAGUGACAUCAAAAUGGACUUACACUUUUUUAAAUGGACUUACAUGUCCCUUUUUUCUACAAUGGGCCUAAUAUAGUACAUUAUGAAAAAUGACCUGCACUUGUGGUCCUAUUGAAAAAGGACCACAGAGUGUGUUCCAACUACAGAGGGAUUACACCCCUGGUAAGGAGGGUCUCAGAUUGUCAAACCUCAGAUUCAGGAGAAGCAGUUUGGUUUUCAUCCUGGCUGUGGAACACUGGACCAGCUAUAUACCCCUAGGAGGAUCCUGGAGGGUGUGUGGGAGUUUGCCCAACCAAUCUACAUGUGUUUUCUGGAUUUGUAGAAGACAUUUGACCAUGCCCCUGUGGGGGAUACUUCAGAAGUAUAGGGUACCUGGCCCUCUGAUACUGGCUGUUAGGUCCCUGUAUGACCGGUGGCAGAGCUUGGUUCGCGUUGCCGGCAGUAAUUGGAGCUCGUUUCUGGUUAGAGUUGGAUUCUGCCAAUGCUGCCCUUUUUCACCAAAUCUGUUCAUAACUUUUAUGGACAGCUUGGAUUUCUAGGCGCAGCCAAAGGGUUGAGGGGAUCUGUUUUGGUGGCCUAAGGAUCAGGUCUGCUUUUUGCAGAUGAUGUGGUCCUGUUCAUCAGACAAUGAUCUCCAGUUUCUGCUGGAGUGAGUCGCAGCCGAGUGUGAAGCGACUGGCAUAUGAAUCAGUUCCUCGAAAUCCGAGACCAUGGUCUUGAAUCACAAAAGGGUAGAAUGCCUUCUUGGGGUCAGAGAUCAAGUCCUGCCUCAAGUGGAGUGAAGCAUCUCAGGGUCUUGUUCAUGAGCAAGGGAAAAAUAGAGUGUGAGAUCGAUAGGUAGAUUGGUGCGGCCUCUGCAGUGAAGCAGAUGUACUGAUCUGUCGUGAAGAGAGCUGAGCCGGAAGGCAAAGCUCUCCAUUUAUUGGUCGAUCUACGUUCCUACCCUCACAUAUGCUCACAAGCUUUGGGUAGAACAAGAUCGCUGAUACAAGCGGCUGAAAUGAGUUGGGCUCUCCCUUAGAAAUAGGGUGAAAAGCUCAGUCAUCCGGGAGGAGAUCAGAGUAGAUCCACUGCUCCUCCAUGUUAAGAGGAGCCAGUUGAGGUGGCUCGGGCAUCUAGUUAGGAUGCCUCCUGGAUGCCUCCCUGUUGAGGUUUUCCGGGCACAUCCAACUGGGAGGAGACCCAAUGGAAGACCCAGGACAUGCUGGAGGGACUUGACUUCUGCCCCAGCAACCCAACAUGCGGCUGAAUAUGGGUGGAUAUAUGGACUUGUAUAGCACCUUUCUGUGUUAGUGGACUCCAAAGCACAGUAUUAUUCAUCCAUUCACACCCUGGUGGCGAUGAGCUACAUUGUAGUUACAGCUGCCCUUGGGCUCACUGACAGAGGUGGAGGCUUCCUAGAACAGGCGCCAUCAUUACCUCCAACCACCACCAACAGGAAAGGUAGGUUAAGCGUCUUGCCCAAGGAAACAACAGCAGCAUUCUCUGGGCCGUGAUUGAACCCUCAACCUUUCGAUUACUGGACAACCCGCUCUACCACCCAGAGCUGCUGGUGCAACAUUUUAACUUUUUAAUUUGAUUUGAAGGCUUUUUUUAUUUUUGUAUUAAUGUUUUUUCGUUCAGAAAUUCAUUUUCAUGGAAUUCACAUUAAUAUGUCAAAGUUUUGAGGCCCGUCUAAAACCGGAACCUAUCUGCAGAAACGGAUCCUACGGACUAAUUUUCAAGCGUGCCAAUUUGCAGUUCCUAGGUCCAGUUAGCAUCACCUGCAGCGGUAGUUUGUGCUGGUGUUGUGCGUGUUUGAUGAGGUUUGGAGGGAAGGAAAAUGUGGUCGUUUUUUGCCAGGGAUCCCGUAAAAGACUUUGCUUAUGAAAUUCUCCCGGACAGCCCAGAGAAGUCAGGAAUAUGGACGCUACAUCGCGGGAAACGAAAGACUACAGGAGAUCCAGUGUCUGUGUUUGUCUACGAGGUGUCUCAGGGGACAGAGCAGCAGACACAGCUGGCCAAAGCUGCCUUCAAACGAAUGAAGACCCUGCGUCACCCAAAUAUCCUGGCUUAUGUGGAUGGACUGGAGACGGACAAGAGUCUUUACUUGGUGACUGAGCAGGUGACUCCUCUGGCAGUUCACCUGAAGGCCCAAGCAGAGACGGGCGGCUCUGGAGAGCUGGAGGUGUCCUGGGGAAUGCAUCAGAUAGUGAAAGCUGUGAGUUUCCUGGUCAACGACUGCCACCUGCUUCAUAACAACCUGGGCAUUUGGGCUGUGUUUGUGGAUCGGGCCGGGGAGUGGAAGCUAGGGGCCCUCGAUCAUGUGACCCCAGAGCAGGGCGACCCCAGCGGGGUUUCUCUUCCCAGCCCCAAAGCGGUUAACCCGGACAUGGAGAAGUAUGACCCACCUGACACGUCCAACAGCGGAGCCGAGAAAUGGGCCGGGGAGGUGUGGCGAUUAGGCUGUCUGAUCUGGGAGGUGUUCAACGGGCCACUAACUCGAACAUCCGCCCUCCGUUCUUUAGGAAAGAUCCCCAAAUCACUGGUCCCCCACUACUGUGAGCUGGUUGGAGCCAAUCCCCGGGCACGUCCAAACCCAGCUCGCUUCCUCCAGAACUGUAGAGCACCUGGAGGAUUCCUCAGCAACAGCUUUGUGGAAAGCAACCUUUUUCUGGAAGAGAUCCAGAUUAAGGAACCUGCGGAGAAGCAGCAGUUUUUCCAGGACCUGAAUGAAAAUCUGGACUCGUUUCCUGAAAACUUCUGUAAGCACAAAGUUCUCCCUCAGCUGCUCACCGCCUUUGAGUUUGGUAACGCGGGCGCCGUCAUCCUCACACCGCUCUUCAAGGUGGGGAAGUUCCUGUCUGCAGAAGAAUACCAACAGAAAAUCAUUCCCGUUAUAGUGAAGAUGUUCUCCUCCACAGACCGAGCCAUGAGGAUACGUCUUCUGCAGCAGAUGGAGCAGUUCAUUCAGUAUCUGAACGAGGCUGCAGUUAAUUCCCAGAUUUUUCCUCAUGUUGUUCACGGAUUCACCGACACCAACCCUGCCAUCAGAGAACAGACCGUUAAGUCGAUGUUACUGUUGGCGCCCAAACUGAACGAGACCAACCUGAACCAAGAGCUGAUGCGGCACUUCGCCCGGCUGCAGGCCAGAGACGAGCAAGGCCCCAUCCGCUGCAAUACCACCGUUUGUCUGGGAAAGAUUGCCUCCUACCUUAACGCUGGGACUCGAGAGCGAGUUCUGAUUUCAGCCUUUUCGCGAGCCACUAAAGACCCGUUUCCUGCAUCCCGCUCAGCUGGUGUGCUGGGCUUCGCUGCUACACACAACUAUUACAGCGUAACCGAGAUCGCCGGCCGAAUCCUGCCCACCCUCUGUGCUGUAACCGUGGACCCUAACAAGAACGUCAGAGAUCAGACAUUUAAAGCCAUCAAGAGCUUCCUUUCCAAACUGGAGGCUGUUUCAGAAGAUCCAAACAAGCUGUCUGAGAUCGAGAAGGACGUGGGGUCGUGUGCUCAGCCUGCAGGAGCCUCCUCCAGCUGGGCCGGCUGGGCGGUGACCGGCAUGUCCUCGCUAACCUCUAAACUGAUCCGCAACACUCCUGGAGCAGACGGGGGGUCAGCGUCGGACAGCAGUGGGCCGGCCAGUACAACCAAUCAAGCCAGUGCCACAGAUGAAGAAUCAACUACAAACAAAGAAGAUACAAUUCCUCGAGCCUCCGUGACUCACCACGAUGCAUCUGGUCGCACAAACACGUCCCAGUCCCAUCAGUUCACAGACCAGGAUGAUGAGGCGGCUGGAGAGCGCUGGGAUGACGAGGAGGACUGGGGGAGUUUGGAGGAGCCAGAGAAAACGCUCAGCGAUGACUGGAACACCAAUUGGCCGGGGACAGCGUCGUCUAAGAAGAAGGGCAACAGCAGAGGAACAGGCCGCUCGUCGUCCGCCAUGGCAGUGAAGACACAGAGCUCAGACUGGAGCAGCUCAGGCUGGGACGCUGAUGAUAGCUGGUCCAAUGAGAAAGAAGGCCAGGGUCAGAGCUCUGCAGGCGAGGAGGGCUGGGGCAAUGACUGGGGGGAGGAGGAGACAGACGUGACCUCCACCAGUACGAUGCUAGACCUGCCCGAAGGUGUGAGGUUAGCCAGCGAGUACAACUGGGACAGCUCGGGGAAAGGAGUCACGCAGAACGAUCUGUUUGCUAGUGUGUCCCAGAGGAGCGCUGCUGCUAACACAACUGGUGACGGUUGGGUCUCCGAGGCUGUAGGAGACUGGGGGGCUGAGGAGAGUUGGGAGUCGGUGGAUGGAAGUCAGAACCCCAGCAAAGCAGAGCUGUCCAAAAAGAAACGUGAGGAGAGGAGGAAAGAGCUGGAGGCCAAACGAGCGGAGAGGAAAGCUGCUAAAGGUCCUCUAAAGCUGGGAGCGCGCAAACUGGACUGAUUCUGAUCCCAGUGGGAACGGAGAGGCUGGAUCAUGGACCAUGGUGGAGUAGAUGGAGGGUCCACCAAGAGAGAGUCCCUUAAACGAGGAAAAAGAGGUUCCUGUUGGCCACUGAUGAACUGAUGGUUUUGGGUUUUCUGUCCUUCCUCAUUAAUGAACUGAUGAAGAUAAAGAUGGAGACAGAAAUCCAACAGACCUGAAGAAAAGAACCUAAAGCUGCUGUUAUACAGUAAAUGUAUAUACCUGUUGCAUCUUGUCUUUAAAAUAUGUUGUUGUUUUUUAAAAGACAUAUAUCAAAGUUCUAAAUCAAAUGUAAUAAGAUGCUGAAUGUUGUCAAUAUACGUACGCAGACACACCAUGGAGAGGACUGUUUCAGUUCAGCUCUGGCUGUGCAUGCCCUCAUUACAAAGAAAACCCACCAAGGCGUUGUCUUUACUUUGCACAUUUAACACUGUCUUACUGUUUGUGAGUGGGUGCAGACUGUAAAAGGAACAGCGUGGUUACAGAGACACACUGGUGGAAAAUCAAAGUCCAGUUUUGAGUCACAAAUGAUGUCUGCUGUCGGUGUCUGAAAUUAUGAGAGUAAAAGUUUGCCUCCUCAGG